AUGGGCGGAACCAGCAACUUGAAUUCGACGAUGACAAACGAUUCCGAUGCCGGAUCAUCGGGUUCGCCUAUCCUAGGCGUGAUUGCUGCGGUUGCAGUGGUCGUAGUGGUCCUGAGGGCCAUUGUCCAAUGUAUGCUCAAUCAGAGAAAACUCUCAGGAGCACAGGGAGAUAGUGAGAGUCGAGGAGAUGUCCCGAAUGGCACAACUGGUCUCCAAACUCUCAACUCCACAAGCCCAGCCCAAGAUUACAAAAUUUUCCAGUCGCCCAAAUCGCAGUUAUCCUCGGCUUCGCACAAGUUCAACUCGUCCGAAGUCUGA